AUGGCAACAUCUGAGAUUGCAACUAACGUUAAGGAAAAAUUGGAAGUUAGAUAUUACCAGCUUCUAGCGUUUUUGCUUUUAUCGUUGGCAAACGUUUCUUCCAAGUACACCCCGGACUGGGCUAGUUUGGAUUCCCGCAUUACCCCGGGGUGGUAUGAUGACGCGAAAAUAGGCAUUUUUAUUCACUGGGGAGUUUUCAGUGUGCCUUCUUUUUCGAGCGAAGUGUUCUGGGAAAGUUGGAAAUCAGGCAAUUGUUCAUCUUGUAACGAAUUCAUGAAGCGAAAUUACAAACCGGGAUUUACAUAUCAAGAAUUUGCCUCGAAGUUUUCGGCAGAGUUUUUCCGUCCGACGGAUUGGGCGGAUUUGUUUGAACGGGCCGGUGCGAGGUAUGUCAUACUGACCAGUAAGCAUUGUGACGGGUAUACCCUCUUCCCGUCGAAGUCUUCUUUCGGUUGGAACUCAUUGGAUGUGGGUCCUGGGCGUGAUCUCGUCUUGGAGCUCGGUACAACUCUUAGAAACCAGACAUCCCUCCGCUUUGGACUGUACUAUUGUUUGUACGAACCAUUUCACCCCCUUUGGAUGAAAGACAAGGCAAACCAAUUUAAAACAGAUGACUUUAUCGAGGGUAAAGUUCUUCCUAAUCUGCGUGAAAUUGUUGAAAGCUACGCGCCGGAUAUCCUUUGGACGGACGGCGAAUGGGAAGCUUCAUCACAAUACUGGAAAUCGACGCAGUUUUUAGCAUGGCUGUUCAACGAGAGCAAAGUUAAAGAGUUUGUGGUGAUUAAUGAUCGAUGGGGGAAUGAGACGAGAGGUCGGCAUGGUGGAAUUUGGACAGGUGGGGAUCGACUAAAUCCAGGUUUCGUACUUCCCCACAAGUGGGAGAACUGUAUGACCCUGGACAAGCUUUCGUGGGGUUACAGACGAAAUGCCAACUUGGACGAUUACUUAAGUCCUCAAGAAUUGAUUACAACUUUAGUCGAGACUGUGUCAUGUGGUGGAAAUCUUCUCGUCAACGUUGGUCCCACGAAGGACGGCAUUAUCGACAUUAUUCAGCAAGAACGUCUCCUGGAGAUGGGGGAGUGGCUGAAAAUAAAUGGACCCGCCAUUUACGGAUCUGCUCCGUGGCGGGAAGCUCAAAAUGACACUGUCACAAAAGGAGUGUGGUACACCUCAAAUAAGGAAACUGUAUUCGCCUUCCUCACAUUUUGGCCGGGAAAAACGGUACAACUCGGUUCUGUUAACUACAACGCCGACCUAACAAUAGGAAUGUUGGGCUAUGGGGGGAAAUUGUUGUAUGAACCUAGUUCACCAGGAAUUAAAGUUCAUCUGCCAAAGUUGGAAGGCACAAGAUCGAAAAAGAUUUUGGAUUAUGGAUUACGGAUUAUUAAUCAGGAUUACUUUUGCGAUUACGGAUUACUUAAAAUGUAA